AUGGUGGAUGUGCAAAAGAGAAAAAAAUUGCUUGCUAAAGCUGCUGCCAGUGUUUCUGUCCCGGCAAUCAAAGGUUCGAUUCCGUUGGACUCGUUCGAUAUAAAGAUCAUUCAAUACAAGAAUGCUCUUUAUAAGUUGAAUGAACUAAACAGGCUACUGAAUAUACUGGUACCGCAUUUGAAGAAAAAGAGAGAGAAAAAUGAUGAGUCCUACAAAAUUAUUCCCCUUGUUAAUUUCAUCUUAUCGCUUUGUGAGGGCCCUAUUUUUAAUGUAAGCCCCGUAUUAGCUAAGAGGUAUCACCUACUCUGUCAGUUUCAGUUGGUAAAGCUGAACGAAGUGCAACAGAGAUUAUCAACUAAUUUUAUUGAUGUCGAGGGGUGGAUGUUCUCUGAGGAGGUACCCCUAGAUUAUUAUAAAUCGUGUAUAUACAAUAACUCGCUUCAGUGGAAGAUUCUGCAUUGCCUUUCUUGCAUUGCCCAAAAUGCCAUCAAGAUUUACAAUGCUAAAUUGAGACAGAUUCUGCUGGAAAGGGAUGCGUAUAAAUCCCGGUCGCUUUCGUUUGACACUUCGAUCAUUGAAGAUCUGCUAAAUCCAGUCGAAAUGUCAUUAAUUCUGGAUUUGGCGGUCUUGAUCAACGACCCAAUUAAGGAUAAGUCCACUAAUUCCUUUUACAAGUUGCAAUGGCAAGUAAUGGAAAAGUUGAACUCCUGUGUUCUUUCAAAAAUCUUUCCCAUUCUGAGAGCCUAUUAUAACCAAUUGCAGAAAUUUUCGGAGAGAAGACCUAUUUCGCUGCAAAAUUUACAGAAAGAUCUGCCGCAUUGGGAAUGGACCUUACACAGGAUAUACACUUUCCACUUACGUGUCUUUUCUGUGCUGUGUGUCAUUAUUAGCCUCUCUAGACAAAUUUUUUUACCGAAUAAACAACACUUCUUAGAUAUUAAAACAAGAUUGUGUAGCGAAAAUGCGUAUGAAUAUGAUCUGAUUAUCUGUGAGUUGAGCGCUUUAUUAUCCCCAGAGAACGAUGAUAGCACGGCUUUGUUGGAAUUGCAAGAGAAUUUGAGGUUUUGGACUCAAACGACUCGUACCGAUAAUAAUUUAUCGAGAACACCUAUUUUCCACCUUCAGUCUGGUCUGGUCAUCGAAUUGUUCAAUAAUCAGAUCUGCAAAGUUAUACCCAAAUUGAGAUCCAUUAUGACAUUAUUGUCUAGUUGGAUGGAUUGCUGGAAAUAUAUUGAAAAAAAUUACAAGACCUUUGAUGGUACCAAUGACUUACAAGAUACAUUGAGUGAAAAACUAGAAAGGGAUAAGACGGCUUAUUUAGAACGUAAAAACACGAAAAACAAGUUAAAGAAAAGGCCAUCAAUAACGAAGCUACCAGCCUCACCUUCUCCAUGUCCCUCUCCCCUCUCUUCAGCAAGUCCAUCAAGACAACCGUCAUUCGAGAGCAUAAGAACGAGAGCAAGAGCUCAUCUAGCCUCUACUUCACCUAAGUCGCCCUCACUUUCGCCUAUAAGGACCACCUUUAACAAUAAGAGUGUAGAAAUGAAGAAAAAUAUGGUGUCCCCAGAGAAAAGAAAAAUAGUUAACGGCAGAAGACCAAGAUCCUCCUCUUUGCAAUCAUAUACAAACAAACAACAAACCUCUUAUCUGAAUUCCACAAGGCAUCCGCCAAUAGUUCCCCCUUCGAAGCUCAACACUCAAAGAUCAAAUUCCUUGCAGCCCUCAACGAUGACAUUGAAUCAAAGAAUUGUCCAGGAUACGGUGCGCCAUUUGAUGAACAAAACUUCGUCUACACCCAAUUCAUCUGCAUCUUCGUCCUUGGCACCUUCGCCCAAGAUACCUAGUAUAAAUAACACCUCAAUGAAAUCAUCAAGCACCCUGACAACCAAUAGCAGUGAGACUUUGGCCAUAGAGACAUUAAAUCUAGAUCCAGAAUUAAGCUGCGGUGAUUUAUUGAUUAAAAGGGUGAGAUUCACUGGUGUACCGCCAAUGACUGAAGCAGAAAACCCUAAGCCCACAAAGGUCGGGUGGUACAAGAAGCCAGCAGUGCUGCACUAUCCCCCAAUUCCUGCAUCAGCAAUGAUUAAGCCAUUACAACACAAGUCCAGAUACAACAAAUUAAGACAAGAAGAAGGCUUCACCUUUAGAAGAAGUCUUCGGGAUGAAUUAGAAUUGGAAAAUGGUGAUAGUAGCUCAGAAACUACUAUGAUGCCAUUUGGGAUCGAAAUCAAGGAGUCGACUGGGCAUAGAAUAGCUUCUAAGAUCAGAAACAAAUUGAGAUAA